AUGUCUGUCGGCGACGCGAUUGCUGUGCUUGGUCUGCUUGAGCGCAUUGGCACUGAAAUACGUAAUUAUAGGCAUGCACCGGCGCAGUUCCAAGAAUUCAGUGUCGAGAUAGACUUCUGGUGCAGCACUCUCCGAUGCGUCCUUCGCCUCAACCCCGAAGAUGUGGUUGAUCCAUCAAACCUUGAGAAAAUUCGAGCCAUAGUAAUGAAUUGCUUACGACCGUUACAGGACCUCGCCAAUAAAAUGCAAGUCAAAGAAGGUGUUCUUGGGCAUUUCCGUACAACCAGAAGUGUCAGCGCCAUAGGGACAAGGCUGCAUUGGUCGAUAAUACAUAAGGACGUUGAAGAGGCGAGGAGUAUACUUAUAUCCCAGAUGAAUACUAUGCUUAUCCUCUUGGGUAUCCAACAAUUGAGUACAGGGAGACAUAUAUUCACAGAGAUGCGAAAGCAUGAUAACUCUGUAUCAAAACAAAUUAACGACUACUCUAAUGCUCUCAUUGGGCAGACUUCGUUGAUCCUAGGAGCCGUUUCCUCAACCCCACACGAAAUUGACGACCUUCCUUCUAAAAUAAUAUCACAGACCCAGCAACAGUCCCAGCAAGCUAGUAUUCAAUCACAAGGCAUGGCUACAGUCACUUCUCGCCUCGAAGACUUGUCAUCGAAUGUUUCAAAAAUUUCAACGGAGGCGAAGAAGCAAGCAAGCAUUGUAACAGAGAUAUCCGGAGGGCUACUUAAUCUCCUAGAGCUUGUCAGGGAGCUACGUCUCUCGCGGUCCUUACUCGACAUUACGAACCAAAUGAAGCGCAUUAUACGCGCAAUUGAAGCGAUCCCACUACAUCUUACUGUCGACAUAAUCCGCUUCGACGAUGCGCUAGGUGUGACUUGGGGCUUACCAUUCCAAGCAUGUAGUACUUGGGAGUCAUUCGAAAGCGUGCUUCGAAAUGUAGUUUUCGCAAAUAAUAGAGAAGGUGUAGAGUACGUAAAAACCAAUCGAUAUGCCAUCCUAUUACCCAAGGAAAGGUUAAGGCUUGAUCCAUGGAGCUGGGAGUGUCGAGCCAAGAGUGGCAUACAUAUCGAACAGGCCAUGUUGAUGUUUGGAGCCAAGACCGCGCGCCAGCAAUGCCCUGGAUGCCAGCGGCCUAGUCCCAUUGUUGGGUACGGCGACAGACUCUGUUCAGGUUGCGGCCUACUUGCGACUUUCGGUUGGUCGACCAUACUUCCUACCCGUGACCCCCAGACCCAAGAACUUCGCGGUCCACCUAAAGUAUUUGGGCCACUACCACUACCAAUACUACCGCCAAUGCGGGUCGUCAAAAGCCGCCCGUUUCGUCGAAUACACUAUUAUCGAUUUCCAAAAAUGAAGGGUACUAUUGAAGAGGCGCUAGAUAUAUUGCGCAACAACGAAUAUGAUUUGGCUGCCAACUUUUGUGCAGGGCUACAAUACCUUCAGGCUGCAGAACAUAACUCAUCCAAGCAGGAUGCAAGAAACUCAAUACCAUGCCUGGAAACUAUCGUACAAUUAGAGGCCUUUCGCCCGGUGGUGUGGCAUCUAUUAGCGAGAGCAUACCUAUAUCUUGACGAUUAUCCAAAAGCCCACGCCGCUAUACAACAAGCAAUUUGCCAAGAUGAGAAUAUUCUAGCAUACUGGAUGACUGCUGCCGUCUUGUAUUACAAGGUUCGACAGUAUCAUGACUCGCGGGAAGCGAUUAUCCAAGCUAUCCGUCUAGACCCAGACCAUUGGUUACCUCAGUUUAAUUUCGCGAUUUUGUCUGAUAACGUUGGGGAAUACGAAGAAGCGAUCGCUUGCUACACGGAAUGCCUUCGGAUACAGCCGAACGUAUCCGCUGCUAUAGCACGUCUUCAGGUGUUGGUGAAUCAUAACUCUCGAGAUGUACCGGACUACCAUCAAGUACAUCAUAUGCAAGACUUCAAUAUUCCCAAAUUUGAGCAGGGCUUUUCUAAGUUCGUGGACGAAGCUUCGCCAAAUCCGAAGGAACAAAAGAGCUGAACGGAAUUUUCGACGUCGGUCUAUGGAAGAUUAGGUUGUCAUCAGACAACACAGAUAAUGGACAUUACCUGUAGAGUACUUGCUUGGUUAGGUCGAUUCCUUUAAUACGACAAUCACCAAUUCCCUGUUAGGUACAAAUGGUGCGGAGAAUUAGUUGAGCUAUCAGUGGCCAAUACUCGACUUGGUAUAGACAGAGUAAAGGAAAAGAGGGGUACCUCGAAACUGUCCAACUUCGCCAGCUAUUCAU